UUAAUCGGUAUAAGCGUAUGUGGCUGUACCUGUUUUUCUGUCUAUCUGCAGCCCCUUUGUCUUUUGUCCACCUACCUAACACCUUUUUUAUAUGCAGAUGUUAAAGCAAAAUUUCUUGGUGAUGAGAAGGUUGAUUCCCAGAAACUUGUCAGUGAUGACAAGACCGUUACGCCAAGCCUACAUCGAAAAGCACGCCUGAAGGAAAAAAAGGUAUUCUGACACCAAGUACUUUAGUGAAAUAUUUCGCCCAACAAAGCCUAGGGAGCCAAGGAUUCGAGGAAUGCCGCACAUGCAUGAUUUCCAGUUUUUCAACAAGCAAAGGUUAAAUGAAUUGUGCGGAAAGGACGAGCGGUACCGUAAGGCACACAUUCCCCCACAAAUGCAACCAGGUUAUGGGCAGCUACCACCCGGGAAUUAUUAUUGUCCAGAGGAGCUUAUGUUGAUCCUAUAUGCGAUAGAGGAACACCACUACAUGUUGCUGCUCAAAAUGGAAAUGUGAGAAUGUUGGAAUUGUUAUUGCGGCAUCAGGCAAAUAUUGGUAGAACGCCAAUAGAAAUUGCUAAAAUCCAAGGAUGUAAGGACUGUGAUGAGAUUCUCUCCCCUCCCACAUUCCCUACAGCUACAUUUACAGGCAGCGAUGAUUCUCUGCUCGACAAGAAUACUGGAUGUUCUUUGGAAGAGAAAGGGGAUGCUGCAAUCCAGGAAAAGGAUUGUGCUCAUGCAGUGGCUCUCUAUACUAAGGCUUUCGGGCCGGGCUUUGGGCAGAAAAGUGAAGCCUGGGCCCGGCCCGGUACACCAGGCUACGGGCCGGGCCACCCAUGUCCAGGUAUACUCCAUAGAUAUAGUAGUAGAUUGCGAGAACAAGGAGUUAGAGAUUGGCAAGCAAAAAGGGAAACAUGAUCCUAGAUUUAGAUGUGGUUUCCUCUAAUACGAUUAUGCAUUCAAUUUUAUCGCUUUCUCCUCUGGUUUUUCUCUUUGAGAGGUCGCAACACGUGGAACCAUGGUAAUGGACGCCCGAAUAAGGACACUGGCAGGGCUGCUCCACGUGACCCACACCCUUUCCCAUACUUGCUACGGUUUCGCUGCCGAUCCAUGGGAAAUUAUAAACUCCAAGCGAGGGGAAUGGAGUGUUAGGGAAAAGCAAACACAUCUCAGGGCGGUGGAUACAUCUGGGUGGCUGAGAAUCGGACUGGGUGGUGAUACUCCAUCUACGCAACUACUAGUGUCCUACGCCGAGGUCGUGGGCAUGGCGGCUAGAGACGGACAAGGCGAUUCACGAGAAGGACGGCAUGGUGGCUCCUACUACAACCCUCUGAGAUGGGAGGCAGUAUGUGGUCAAGGUUUAGUUGGAUGGGAUCCAUUGAGAUCUAUGGGAGGGGCAUCCUCAAGUCAGAUGCAUCAAGGUGGGGGAUUCGUGUGGCCUCAUCUCUUUCCAGGAGGUAUUGGAAGAGCUCCUUCUAGCAGCUUCAUGGCGCAGGGAUCUAGCUUUCCAGAUACUCAAAUAUGUAGUGCUCAUGGGUUAGGCGGAAAUAUGAUUGCUUCUGGUGUUCAACAAAGCAACGCUUCCCCAAUUAGCUCUGAUGCCACAAAACAAAUGGUAGAGGCUGCAAAUUCUGGAUCUUCCAAAUCUCUUAAAUGCUAUAGAUGUGAGUUACCUGGACAUGGAGUAAAAGAUUGUAAGACAAUCAUAUUAUGUGAUAUAUGUUGUAGUGAUGCUCAUCUCAGAUCCAAGUGUGUGUUGCCAUAUCAACCUAAGCCUACUGCUCAUUUCAUUGGAUAUGCACCGGAUGGCUUGCAAGUAUUUGUUGAUUCUUUCCCUACGAAGACAUCAAUGAACACCAAUGAAACUACUGCUAUUGUCAAUGUUCAUUCAGGAGAAGUUAAUGCAGAGCAACUAGCGGCCUCCUUUAGUAAGAUGUACCAGUGUGGUUGGGAAUGGUCUGCUAAGGUGUUUGGUCCUCAAGGUUUCUUGAUGAAGUUUCCCUCGGAUGAAAUGAUCUUAAAAGUGAGCCAACGCCACAUUUUUGAGCUUAUUGGAGUUAAAGCAGAAGUUUAUGUGUCAAAGUGGUAUCCUCACAACAUUGCUAACUUUGAGUUGACAACUGUCUGGGUUUGGGCCUCUGGAGUGCCACCUGAGCUACAAAACUACCCUGGUUUUUGCAAAGUGGGCUCCCUCAUAGGUUCAGUGUGGGAGGUGGACAUGGUUACCUAUAGGAAGACAAGUAUAGUUAGAAUCAAAGUUAGAGUUUUGGAUCAUGAGAAGAUACCUAAAUCGGCUUGGCUUAUUGUAGAACCUUCUGCGCACAAAAUCAGCUUUCAGUUGGAGCAACCAAAGAAAAGUGGAACUAUGAUGAGAAACAUUCCAAUUAUGAGAAAUUCUUAUGAAGAGAUUUCCAAUUCUGGUAUCAGUGCUAUUAAAGACACGAAGAUGCAAAAAGACACUAAGUCUCAGGAUGUGCGUGCACCUAGGAAAAAGGAUAACAAUCGCAAGGAGAGGAAAAAGGGUAACACAAAGAAUUCCAAAUAUGGUGAUGAUAUGGUUCUUUCAAGUAAAGCAGAAAUAGAUGCUCAAAUUCCUAAUGAUGGUGGGAAUGGUGUUAGUUUUCAAGUUCUCGUCAUCAAUCAACCAAGCUCUGAUAAAGUUAAUCAGAAAUUUGCCAAGGAUGCUGGCAUGAUGGACAAAGUGGAGCACAUUGAUGCUGACAAUGACACCCUGAGUACUCAGGGUCCUAACCACUUUGCCAGGGGAUGUGGGAUGAACACUCAAGACAUUAGUGAAGUUAAUGCUAUAGAUUAUCCAGUCGGUUCUCCAAAACAUGUUAGGCCCAUUACUAACCAGGAAGUUCACAUUGGUAAUCAGAAAAUCCCCAAGCCAGCCUAUGCAGAUGUUGUAAAAAGUGGACAUAAGGCAAAAGGAGUAUCUAAUGACCUAGUUAAGAAAGUCAGGGGAAGGAAACAAGUUGUGAUUGAUGAGGGCACCAAAUGCAAGGGCAAUAUGAACCCAGAUGCUGAUAUUUAUACACUAGGCAAAGCUAUGGAGAUUGCCAAAUUUAGAAACAAAAAGGCUGGCAAAGGCCGGUCUAAAAAAGCCUGAUGCUCGAGACAUGACCCGUGGCGCGCGAAUGCUGAAGCGAAUUGCGACGGAGGUUCUUGGGGAUCAACAUGCUGCGUCAUGAGAAGGAAUGAGCUCGAGGGGAAUGAGCUCGAAUAUUGCUUCAAAGACUUAUGCGUACUCAAUUUGUUUCUUGCAAGGAUUUUGUAAUCUGCCUGUAAUCUGGAUGAGUCUAGGCGUGGUUCUGCUCUUGCUUUCGGAUUUCCUGUCGGUAUUUGGACAGUUAAACCCGAGAACUGUGGCAGCGAUUUCGUUAUUGGAAUCGGGAAUCGGUAGCAGGACAACAAAUGCUACAAAAUCGUUGCGUGCA